AUGGAACGAGCCAGAAAAGUAUUACUACCCAUUAUCCAGGAAAGGCAUUUCGGUACGGAAUAUAGGAGCUUGAAGAACUGUCGUGAAGUUGAAAAAGUGAGCAGUUUAAGCACGCUCACACCAUUUUUUGACCAAGAUGAUCUCAUCAGAGCUGGAGGGUUUGUGAAGGAAGUUGGCCUUGGAACAUCAUUGAUUGAUUCAACAAUUAAUGAGCAAAUGGAACAAAUACAUAGUCACUUGAGACCUGGACAAAUGCUCCCAGUUCACCCAGAUAACAUUCUUAUGGCAUACCAGCUAAUGAAGGGUGAAGGAACUAUUGUGAAGGAUCAUGUCAUUAUUAAAGUAAAUUUUCCUUUAAUAUCCUCGCAAGUUCUGGACAUCUACAAAUUGACUCCAAUUCCAUUUCUGGGUAAAGAUGAAAUUCAUUCGAUUGAAAUAAAAUCACCGUUUCUUAAGCAGACUUAA